UUCCCACCUUCAUUCAAACAAACCCAACAAACACUUUCCCUAUUCCCCUCUCUCUGUACUAGUCUCUCUCUGAUCCCCAUUAUUAUUUCCCUUUUGCAUUCUCUGUGUAAGAGUUUACAUAUAUCAGGGAGCUAGUACAAAUACAGUAUAAUAUAAGCAAUUAUCAUGGGUUCUUCUGUUCGUCCCAAACAGGCCACUAAAGACCAUAACAUGAAGAAGGAACAAGAGAUUUCAACCUUGGAUGGAAGUGUUGAUCGACAUGGUCAUCCUGCAAUCCGUACUAGAACUGGAACUUGGGUUGCUGGAGUUCUACUGCUAGUGAAUCAAGGGUUGGCAACACUGGCAUUCUUUGGAGUUGGAGUGAACUUGGUUGUGUUCUUGACAAGAGUUAUAGGCCAAGACAAUGCAGAGGCUGCAAAUAAUGUCAGCAAAUGGACUGGCACUGUCUAUAUUUUCUCUCUUCUUGGUGCUUUCCUUAGUGACUCUUACUGGGGAAGGUACAAGACUUGUGCAAUCUUUCAGUCCAUUUUUGUCAUUGGUUUGGUGUCAUUAUCCAUAACUACAUAUACAUUCUUGGUCAAGCCUAGUGGUUGUGGAGAUGAAGACACUCCAUGUGGAUCUCACUCAGGGUAUCAGAUGGGGUUGUUCUAUUUCUCCAUAUACUUGAUUGCAUUAGGAAAUGGAGGGUACCAACCCAACAUAGCAACAUUUGGGGCAGAUCAGUUUGAUGAGGAGGACCCUGAAGAAGGGCACUCAAAAAUAGCGUUCUUUAGCUACUUCUACUUGGCUUUGAAUCUUGGGUCACUGUUCUCAAACACUGUUUUGGGUUAUUUUGAAGAUAAAGGGAUGUGGGCAUUAGGGUUUUGGGCAUCUGCUGUUUCUGCUACUUUGGCAUUAAUCUUGUUCCUUUGUGGAACUCCAAGGUAUAGACACUUCACUCCCAAAGGCAACCCUUUGUCCAGAUUUUGCCAAGUAUUUGUUGCUGCAAUAAGGAAAUGGAAUGUUGUGAUGAUCCCAAAUGAACAUCAUCUGUUCGAAGCCGAUGAAACCAAAAAUAUUGGUGAUAGAGAUAGAAAAAUUAUUCACACUGAAGGAUUCAGAUUCUUGGAUAGAGCAGCAGUUGUGACAUCAGAAGAUUACACAGACAAGGUAAAAGAUGAUAAUACUCCUCCCAAUCCAUGGCAUCUUUGCGCGGUGACUCAAGUCGAAGAAGUGAAAUGCAUAUUGAGACUCCUACCAAUUUGGCUCUGCACCAUACUCUACUCAGUAGUUUUCACUCAAAUGGCAUCACUCUUUGUUGAACAAGGAGCUGCAAUGAAAACCAACAUUUCAACCUUCCAUAUUCCUCCCGCGAGCAUGUCUAGUUUCGACAUACUUAGCGUGGCAGCCUUCAUAUUCAUCUAUCGGCGAGUUCUCGAUCCUCUUGUUGCCAGGCUAAGGAAGGACCCAAAAGGACUAACAGAGCUCCAAAGGAUGGGAAUUGGUCUUGUGAUCGCAAUAAUGUCAAUGAUUUCAGCAGGACUAGUGGAGUUAUUCAGGCUCAAGUACGCGAAAAAGGACUGCGUAAACUGCGAAAACUCAAGUUCUUUAACCAUAUUCUGGCAAAUCCCACAGUAUGUACUAGUAGGAGCAUCUGAAGUAUUCAUGUAUGUGGGGCAAUUGGAGUUCUUUAACAGUCAAGCACCAGAUGGUUUGAAGAGCUUUGGGAGUGCACUCUGUAUGACAUCAAUAUCACUUGGAAACUAUGUGAGUAGUUUGCUUGUCACCAUUGUUAUGAAGAUCUCUACUGGUGAUGAUCUGCCUGGUUGGAUCCCUGGGAACCUCAACAAAGGCCAUCUCGACAGAUUUUACUUCCUAUUAGCAGCUUUGACAACUGCUGAUCUUCUGGUCUACAUUGUUUGUGCAAAGUGGUAUAAAUACAUCAAGUUUGAAGGGAAGGGUAAUGGAGAUCAAGAUGUCUUCAUAGUCUAAAAAAAACCAGAAAGUCUUCAUUUUUAUGGGAGAUCAAUAAUGCCUUUGAAGAGAACUUAGUUAUUUCUUGCUAUGAAACUUGAGAAAGUGCAUGCUUUUUUCCACUUCUCUAAGUUGAGCACAAGCUAUAUAUAUGUAGGCACUCUAAGAAAUGGUUUCACUGGACUAUAAUUUCUCCAUGUCAUUUAAAGCCCCUUUCUCAAUAUUUAUGUAAAAAUAGUUUCAUGACUUCAUCUUGUCAUAAAGGGUGUGCGUUAUUUAAAUUUCUUUUUUUUUAAUAAUAAUUUAUACUGAUUUUAAUGAUA